UAUAUAGCCACACACACUCCUACACUAUACAUCUAGCUAUACUCAUCAAUAUCAAUUUCAGUAUCUAAUCAAACAUCUCUCUUCUAAAUCUCUCUACUCAUAUGUGUUAUAUAUAUUCUACACUCCUUGCUCGUUUUCUCACAAACACUUGCUAGUAGUGCUAAUUCUCGGCAUUGCCUCGACCUAUCAAUUUUCAUAAAAAUACUUUCGGUUCUGGUUCCGUCACUGAUCAUGGCUGAUUUGCCGACGGCUGAGCAAACAAACUCGGGAAUUGAAUCAAACAACACUUCAUUUGCAUCUUCCUCUCCAUCACAAUCAACAUCAUCAUCUACAACCAAGCGAAAAUCAUCAAAAUCUCCGGAUCCGAACCCGAAACCGAGCAAGAAAACCCGGGUGACGGAUACGAGCAACACAUCGAAUGGAAGCAAGCACCCUAUUUACACGGGAGUCCGAAUGCGAACAUGGGGCAGAUGGGUAUCCGAAAUCCGAGAACCCAAGAAAAAAAGCCGGAUCUGGCUCGGAACUUUCACGAACCCGGAAAUGGCCGCCCGGGCCCACGACGUAGCAGCUCUUUCCAUAAAAGGAAACUCUGCUAUACUAAACUUUCCAGAACUCGUUCACCACUUCCCCCGGCCUGUCACGUGCUCUCCACGUGACAUUCAAGAAGCCGCCUUAAAGGCCGCCGCCAUGGAGCACCUCGACCCCACAUCUCCGUCCAUAACCUCGUCGGAGACGACGGAGGAGUCGCCGGAAGAACUCGAAGAAAUUCUAAAGCUACCAAGCUUAGGAACAAGUUACGAAUGGAGCGAGUCGAAUUACGUGUAUGAUCAGGCGUGGCUACACUCACCCAAUUGGCUGCAGGGCUUAGAAGAUUUCGCAUUCGAAGAACAAAUCGCCGCCGGUGGAAUAUUAUUGCCGGAAAAUAUUAGUACUAGUAAUAGUAAUUUUAUCCCCACUAGCUUUGACACUUUAUUAUGGCAACAUUAAUAAUAGCAAUUAUGUUUUUGUUUCUAUAUUGCUACUCUGUGUGUCAUAAGUCAUGCGUGUUUGUCUUUUGUUUAAUUCAGUGCAGUAAUUUCUGUGUCUGACUGCUUGAUUUUGCUAGUAAUAUUAGCAAGAAGUAGUAAAUCAUAGUCUUUGUGUAUACCAAAAUGGCAAGUGCUUUAUAUUAAUAUAUGUUACUUGUUUCUCAA